UUUAGAAAGAGGGAUAAAAGCCAAGAAAAUCAGCCCACUGAAUAUCAAUUAAUUAAUUCCUUAUCAAGGAUUAAGAAAGAAAAUCCCUUUCUCAAACAAGUUCAAGCAAGUGUUCUCCAAAGCACAGCAAAAAAAGCCUAUAAAACUUGGAAAAAUUAUUUAGAACUCAAAAAAAUAAACCCUAAAAAGAAAUAUCCAAAUUUUAAACCUCAUUAUCGUUAUAACUCCUUUCUUUAUCCUCAGCCAAUCAAAAAAGAUGGUUGUGGUUAUGAAAUUGAUAACAGUGAUAUGAUUAAAAGAUUAGAAAAUAGGAAAUUGGAACUAACUCUUGGUAGACAAAACAAAAAGAAUGUUUAUUUGGAAACUAAAAUCAAAAUGGAAAGAAAUAUUGAAGGAGAUAUCAAAAAUCUAAUUAUUAAAAGAAAGAACAGUAAAUAUUAUGCUCUAUUUAGUUGUGAAAAUAUAGAACCAAGACUAUUGCCCCAAACUAAUAAAAAAGUAGGUCUAGAUUUAGGUAUUAGAACUCUAAUUACUACUUCCGAUGGUAAGAAAAUUAAAAAUCCUAGAUUUUAUAAAGAGUCAAAACAAAUCAUUAAAGAAGCAAUAAUUAAUCAAUUUAAACACUAUUCUUAUCAGGAGGUAAAUAAGUUAGUGGGAGAGUAUGAUGAUAUAGCGGUAGAAGAUUUGAAUGUUAAGGGUAUGUUGGAAAAAAAAUUAGGUGAUAACAAAAAAAGUCUAAGAAGAAGUUUGGCGAGUGUGAAAUUUGGAACUUUAUUAAAAGUCAUCUCCGAGAAAACUUCAAUCGUUGCUCGGAGAUUAGUUCGAGUAAAUCCCAAGAACACUACGCAAAUAUGUUCUAACUGUGAUAAGUUAAGUAAGGAAAAGAUCGGUUUAUCACAAAGAAUAUUUAAGUGUUGGCAUUGUGAACUGGAAUUAGAUAGAGACAUUAAUUCAGCCAAAAAUAUUCUGAAUUUAGGGUUUUACGAAAACUCUCUCCAUUCUGGUCUACAAGCCAUCCCUUGGGCGGAAAUCGGUUUAGAAGAAAGGAAGCAAAAAAUAGUUACGGAUGAAAAAGAAAGAAUUUAUAAAAUUGGUCGGGCCACUAUUAAAGAGAUAAGAGGGGGAACGGAAGAACAACCAGAAGGAUUAGGUACUCAGGCGGUUAAAUUAUUAUUUGAAUUAGUCCCAGAAUUUAGUGAAAAUCACCCUCGCACAGGGCAAGGAAUUUUUAAGGAUGUUUACGAAAUAGAUAUUAAAUCCUGUUAUGCUAAUAUUAUGCGAGAUUAUCCUUUGCCUUGCGGGAAGUCCGAAGUAAUCAAAGAUCCGAUAACGAUAGAGCAAAAGUUAAGAGCGGGAGCCACUGGAUUUUUGGCUUGA